UUGUUGGUACUAAUUUGGUGCUAAUUGUUCCUUCCUUCUCUGCUGCUCGAGUGAUGUCCCGAUUCGGAACAAGCUUUUUAAAUCAAACACCAGUGGCAGCACUGUUAAUUGGCGUUUCGUAGUCGUCUGCUACACUGUUUUGUAAACUGUCUAUGGCGGUUAAAGUUGUUACCGUGUUUAAAGGGAGGCAUAAAUGAGCGAUCCUGGCCCCUUGUUUUUCCUAAAUGUCUAUCAACGAUCCUCUUCUGAAAGAAUUGAAAAGUUUUGCGAGCUGUUUACUGAGAAACGGUGGGAAAUCUGUAACAGAUAACAAUGAAACGCUGUACCCAUUUUGUAUGUGUGUGGAAACGGUGCUUCAGAGAGGAUUGUCAUAUAUCCAUGGUCCAUUUGGAUUGAUAAAAACACCACAGAGCUGGACAUGGCUGGAGCAGAUAGCACAGCGAUACCCAGGUGCUCCCUACUCUUAUGUGUCAUCAGUAAAUGAAGUAAGAAACUCAAAGAAAGUAACAACUCCAGUUGGUAAGCUGAGACUUCUGAUCCGUGUAUGCCUAGUCAGGAAGUGCCUACAUGUUCCUGUUGAACUUAUUGUUCGUCAUCAUGCAGCAGCAGGUGUGUACACCACUGGCUCAAUUUUAAGUGAUGAGAUUCGAGGAGAAAUCCUUCUGUCAACAUUGAUGCCAUGCAGUCUCCUUAAUUUUAACCUUGAUCUUGACAAUAGCUCCUUUCUGGAUCACACAUGGGUGCUGCCAUCCUGUAUAACCACAGAGUUUGUGCCAUGCAAAGCACUUGGGCUUACUUUAAACUUUGUUGAUGGAAGAGCACUCAUUAUGCAUGUAAAGGAAGGCAGUGUCUCAGCAGAAAAUGGCUUGAUCAAGACUGGAGACAUUUUGGAUGAGUUAAAUGGAGUGCAUGUCACAAACUCGACAAGGAAAAAGCUUGCUAGUAUAAUGAGAAAGAGCACAGCUAAACCAAUCACUGUCAGAAUUAUCAAAGCUUUCCUACAUGAACCUGACAUAAUAUAUCCUCCAAUUCUCACCUUGCUACUUCAGGCCCAUCUUGAUCCAAAUGAGUUGGUACGGCUACAUAAGGAAAAUGCAUUAGGUCAGUCCUUGACAAAACAAGUUUCGCAAGAUGCUCCAAGCCCUGGGAUCCCUGUAAUGUAUGUGGGUGCUAUUGAAACAGGGAGCAAAGGCGAUGUAAAGCAGAUAAUGCCAGCAAUUGCUCGCAUCUUGAAAGAAAGAGACUGUAUAAAGAAACUUGUGGUUAUUGAAAUACUAGAAAUUGGCAUUAGAGUUCUUGAUGAAGCUUCUGGAAUUGUGCUUCAAAAUCCAUCAUAUAUGGAAAUUUCAUCAUGUGGCCUAACAAUUCAUUUUCCCAAUUAUUUUGCUUACAUUUCUGGGUCAAGGGUUUCAAAGGACACAUUUUGCUGUGUGAAAUCAGAUAAGUCUAUCAAGAAACUGUAUACAUUCCGCUUCAUAGAUGAUGAUUGUGUGGUGCGCAGCAGUGUUUAGUGAUCAGUGAGGAGAAUUUCUUGACUCUCUUGUGUUUUAUAAUUGUAAUUUGUCAAUUAUUCAGCUUCAGAGAAAUAGUGCUGAGUGUUGAGAGAUCUGUGUUAGUUCACUAAACAUAUCAUUUCUAUAUCAUAACAUGUAAGUAAGAUUUAAUACAAUUUUAGUGUCAGUUUAGUUUCAGUGAAUAAUGACAGUUGGUAUGUUACCAUAGCUUUUACAUGAAUCAGUCAAAAAUUAAAAUUUCAACUCACAUGUUUCAGUAGCAUUUAAUUUUCACUGCCAUAAAGCAUAUUAGUUUCAGUUAAAUAAGAAAAUUUUAGUACUUGUGAAUAAGGUUGUUCUUAUCUCAUCCCUUGUAUAUUUUUUUCAGUGUCCCAUAGCCCCGUAACAGUAUUUUUAUGGAGUAAAAGUAUUCUUCAAACUGUUGCUGUUAUGUAUUAAAAUUUGCUUACUUUCCAUCAAUUUUAAUGAUUGUAAAAUUAAUGCUGUAUAUUGUGUACAUAUGAGUGUGUGUAAUGAUGUGUGUAUAGCAAGUAUUAUGUUGUUGCACUGUUUCAAAAAUGGCA